AUGUCACAAGGCCUGAGAAAGAAAAUAAUUUCUUCACACAAGAAAGGUGAAGGCUACAAGAAGAUCAGCAAGGCUUUGCUUAUCAGUCAGAAUAGUGUAACAAAAGUGAUGUAAAAACUUAACAAAGAUGGAUCUUCAACCAUCUCACAGAGACGUCCAGGCCAUCCACAGAAGUUAACACCUUGACAAGAGCAUCUUCUGAUGAGAAGGGUUGAAGAAAAUUGCCAUGCAAGUUCACUGCAGUUAGCUAAAGAAGUAGAAAGCCAAACUUGGGUGAUUGUUUCCCGUGAUACAAUACGGCGUGCACUGCAGUGGAUGGCAUGCAUGGGUGUCGAC